UCAUAGCAAACCGACACACACCAAGCAAAGGAGAUUGAAGAAGCAAAAACAAGCACAUGUGAGUGCUGGGCAAGAAGAGGCCAGCUACUUUUCUUUUUCUUUUAUUCCUGUCACUAAGACUUUUGGUGUGCAGUAUGGAUAAUCUUGGCUCCUAUCCUCCACCCAACUUUGACUGUCCUCCUCCGAACACCAUCCAACUGUCGCGAUCUCAGCCACCCAGCUCAAGAAGCAGCUUCCACGCCAGCAUGUGGACUUGGAACGAGUCACCUACGGAACCUCAGCCCAACUGGGCAUACGGCAGCCAAGCGAACUGCAACUACCGACCAGCGUCAGGAGCUGCUUCCCACUCAACAAACUAUGGAUCUCAAUAUUCAUACGGUCGUGAAUGGUAUCACGCUGGACAACAAAACUGGAGCAAUUACAGACCAGCAGCCAACCGUGGGAAAAAGCGUCAAAACAAGAAGGACCCCGAUUUUUUGCAUUUUUGUGACACCUGUGACCGAGGAUUCAAGAACCAGGAGAAGUACGGCGAGCAUGUUGCACAACAUGUUAAGUGCUCCGUCCCAGACUGCAGCUUCUUGGCACAUGAAAAAAUAGUCAGCAUUCACUGGAAAAAUACCCACGCACCCGGAAUGAAGAGAAUUAAGCUGGACACCGCAGAAGAGAUUGCUAAAUGGAGAGAGGAGAGGCGCAAGAACUAUCCAACUUUGCAGAAUAUUGAGAAAAAGAGAAAACUGAUGCAGGAACGGGAGAAGACGGGAGCGGUUCUGGAGACGGCUCAGUUCGGACGCAUGAGAGGCAGAGGACGCCGUGGGAGAGGUCAUCAAAGGUUCCACGGGCCACGUCCUCAAGGUGUGCAUCCAUCUGACGCUGGCGCCGGAGCAGGGAGACCGCCACCCCUCAACCAGCCUGGCCAGAAUGGUGAUCCGCUGGGAGCGUUGGCCAAAAGUGACAUUGAGUCCGACAAAGAUGAUGUGGACGCUGACUCCAUGGCCACUGGCCCUAUUGUGGCGCCAAAACAGAUGAGCGCCGCAUUGGGGUCUCUUGUAGCCAACUAUGGCUCCAUGAGCGAGAGUGAAACUGAUGAAGCAGCACAGGACUCUACUAUACAAAGAGCCAAAAAGUUGCUCCAAGAAAACCAGGAUUUACUUGACCAGAACAACGGACCUGUCAUGGAUGCCAAAACCUCCACACAGGACAGGCAAGCUUCCAACGGGUCAUGUCCUUGGUCUGCCUCGAACACAUCAAACAACAAACAAAGAGGACAAGGGAGAAGAGGAGGAAGGCGUGGUCGGCGUACAUAUCAAGAUAUGCCGCAGAAACGGCGGGCCACUCUGCUCGAGAUGCUACUUGCCCCCGAUAUCCGGCAUGAGAGAAACGUCCUCCUCCAGUGUGUUCGCUACGUGGUCCGAAAUGACUUUUUUGGGCUGGAGAGUAAAACCCAACUCCAGCUGGGGAUCGAACGGACGCAAGCUGCUGGAAGUUCAGAUCAGGAAGUCAGGAACGGAUGCAGGACUUCGUCUGAUUCUCUUUUUGGUCGCAAGAGAUGUUCUGUCGAGGGUGGGACUUCAACUCCCGAAGCCGCCAUCAAGCCAAAGAGACCCAAGGAGGAAAACAUGGACAUUGGUCCAGCUAACGGGACAGUCAAGACCACAGUUGAUCACUGCUUGACACAGAAUAGUCUGGACCGAGGACCACUUGGUGACCAAGCUGGUUCCGGACAACUUGAUGAUAAAGCUCUACUUGGUUCAUCAGACAACCAAUCUGGUACAGCAUCUGACCAAGCGAGAUGCGGUUUAUCAUGUCCGGGAGCCGCCUGUCAACCACCAGCUGAUGAAGGUGUUGAAGCUGAUCACCUCAGUACACAAAAAUCCAACAAUGCCCUUGUGGAUUCUAUUGCUAAUACAGAGCAGAAUGUGGAGGAUAAGGAAGAACCAGCAACCACUUACCACCUCCAUGAUUCAGUGGCACCUUGUGAAAGUAAAUCUACUAAUAAUAUUUAUGAUGAUGAAAUAUGGGAAAUGUCACAUUGAUUUUACAUUGUUUAGAAAAUCUCCAUCUUUUUCUUUUAUUCUUGCUAAAUUGAUCUGAUGUUAGAACACAUUUGCCCAGUACCUUGAUCAAAUCUAUUUUUUCUCCAGCAAUAAUUAAUGUUCAAAACUUUGUUUUCCUUCCGUUUUAUAUCUACUUUAAGUACACAAAGUAUUUGUGCUUCCUUAUUUCUCCAACAUUGACUGCCUUUGAUUUUGGUAUAAACUAAUGAAGUA